CAAACCCGCAGACCUUUCAACGCGGCUUCCAUUAACGAACAAAUCAAAAGCCCCUUUACUUUGUCAGCCUCGCCGUACGUUGCCCACCCUUUGCAUAUAUAUUAUUCUCUCAUCUUCCCGCUUCGUUUCAAUCUUCAACCUUCGAUCGAGUCGCAGAAAUGGCGAGGCUUUCUGCAGCUCUGUUUAUGGCUUUCUUUUUGGCCUCGGCUUUUCCGGCUUCUUUUGCUCUGCCUCACUUGCCUCAUUUCUUUCCUAAUAUAUCGUCCAUCCCGAAGUCGCUGAUACCCAACACCACCGACGGCGUCUGGGACGGCUUCCAUAAGUUUGCCGGCUGCAGCCCCGGGAAAAGGGCCGACGGCUUGGCCAAACUGAAGCACUACUUCCAGUACUUCGGUUACAUCAACACCUCUUGGGCCAACUUCACCGACGAUUUCGACGACGCGCUGGAGUCGGCGAUCCGAACCUACCAGCUCAAUUACAAUCUCAACGUCACCGGCGAGCUCGACGAGCCCACCCUCAAGCAGAUUGUCCGCCCCCGAUGCGGCGUCGCCGAUAUAAUCAACGGUACCAGCUCCAUGAAGUCCGGGAAAGCUACGACCUCGAAUGGGCAUAUUCAUUCCGUGGCUCACUACGCUUUCUUCCCCGGGACGCCACGCUGGCCGGACAGCAAGCGCGACUUAACCUACGCGUUUCUGCCGGACAACCAGCUCUCCGACCAGGUCAAGGCCAUCUUUGGCCGCGCGUUCGACCGGUGGGCGGCGGUUAUACCCAUGACUUUCAGCGAAACGUCGUCGUACUACUCCGCGGACAUCCGGAUCGGAUUCUACAGCGGCGACCACGGCGACGGCGAGCCUUUUGACGGCGUACUGGGGACGCUAGCCCACGCCUUCUCGCCGACCAGCGGGCGCUUCCACCUUGACCUCGACGAGAACUGGGUAGUCGACGGGGACGUGUCGACGGCGUCCUCGAGCUCCGCCGUGGACCUGGAGUCGGUGGCGGUUCACGAGAUCGGGCAUCUGCUGGGUUUGGGUCACUCGUCGGUGGAAGGGGCGAUCAUGUACCCGACCAUUUCGUCGGGUACGAAGCGGGUCGAGCUCGUCACCGAUGAUGUCCAGGGGAUCCAGUUUCUGUACGGGUCGAACCCGAAUUACAAUGGGUCGUCGACGUCCACAACGACCAGUCAGGAGAGAGACACCAGUGCUAGUGCGCCCCACAUCGUGAGUCAAUCAUGGAGCCGGCGGCUGCUAUUGGCCGUUGCAUUUCUGUUUUUCACACUGUGAAUUAAAUUUUGUUUUAUUUUUUAUUGGAUACAUAAAUAAUUCAGAGUGUUGUAUUAUUUAUAGGACGAUACCGACACGUGUCUUGUCUUGUAAUUGGUUUUGUUUUGCACGUGAUGAUAUUCUUUCCCUCUUGCUUUUUGUAUGUUGAACCAUUAUUUCUUUUUAAUUUUAUUUGAAAGUUUGUUUUGUU